AUGAUUUCCAUCAAAGAAUCAGAGGAAACUGAAAAGCUUGCCAUUGAGAAAUUGAAAGAGAAUGUAAAAAAAUAUUGGAUGAUGGCAGAAUCUAGUAGCCCACAGUUUGUUAUGGCUCGUUCCGUCACCUGCCAUGCUUCAGGGGCAAUCUGUUUUCUGGCUGCAGUCACUUUAGCAGAAGCCAACAUCAGGCUGUGCAACGCGUGGGGAUGGGGCAACUGGGGAGGGGGAUCGGGAAAUCCUUAUUUUCCGAAUGAGUCUCGAUCAAGUUAUAAGUCAUCAACCUCGGUGAUUCUUGUCAUUCAGUCUUUUGGGGUGGUUGUAGGCACAAUUGCCCCAGCAUUUAGAUGGUUCACUGCCAUAAGAUUAAGGUGCUCCGAGAAAAGAGUCAAGAGCUACAAAACUGAGUUGAAAACAGAGUAUUACUGGAUUGAAAGGCUAGUAGAGUCGAGAGAUAGACCCUUAGCUUUAUGUGUUCCAGGCCAAAAAUGCAGAAAACUCGUUCAUAAAACGAAGAAUCUAAUUCUGAACUUCUUUAUAAGAGUUCAGGUUAUGAUUGUAAUGGCCAGCAAACUAAUUUUGCUCCUCUCCAUUUUCUUAAUAAGUCCAUUGAUGUCAUUUGGGCACUACUACAAGGGGUUAAAGCAGAAGCUCGGAUGUAAACCUACUGUCUCAAACAAUCACACGGAACCAGACUUGGGGCUUGGUACAAAGCUGGAUCUUAGCCAUUAUGUUUUGUAUCUUGAAGGUGAGGAGGAACUGCCCUUAUAUUUUUUGAAGAACAAUAGGGAUGCAACCAAUCAUUUUAUUCAGAAGGGUAAAAAGCAGCAACCAAAAUAUUUGAAAGAGCUUUUAGAUCGAUCUACUUCUUUUAUGGGGGUGGCAAAGUUUGAUAGUAACCAAGUUCCAUCUCUAGCUUCCGAAGAACCUCCCAAUUGUUGGUCUCUUCCAGUGGUUACACUAACAAGUAUUGCCAUUGCACUUCCAAACAAUGAAAAUCACAAGGUGAGCUGGUUGCUUCGAAGCGUGAGAGAAGGCCUCUUGUAUGUCAACCAAGUAGAAAAAAUCUUGGAUGUCACAGGAGACUUGGCAAACAUUAGAAGUGCUGCAGAUAUAGUAUGGUUAGGAGUUGAUCUUUUUCACAAGUGGCUGGAUGAAGAUCUCCAAAAAAUGGCUCUUGAAGGAAACAACUCCAAGAAAACUCUUGAGAAACUUGCUGACAUGGGUAAAAACAAUGUCAUUGAGUUCAAGGCAAACACAAGCAGAGAUAUGAAGAAGAACCCUCUGAAUUGGCCCAUCAAGGCUAUUGCUGCAAAUUCUAUGUACAGAAUCAGCCAAACUGUGCUGCAUGACCGCGAAGGCAGCAAUGAUCAAGCUGAUGAGACACUGUUUGAGCAAUUAUCUAUUAUGAUCGCGGAUAUAUUGGGUGCUUGCCUCACCAACUUACCGCGUGUCAUAACUAUGAAAUGCUUUUCCAGUGCCAUAGAAAAGAGGGAGAAGAGUGUCCUUCAUGCUGCUCAACUUCUUGGUGAAACUGAAGAGAUUUUGAAAACCCUUCAACAGCAUGAGCUUCCCAGUCUGAACCCUGAUAAAGUGGCUUAUAUUGAAGAGUGGCGUGCAUUAAUGAGGCAGGAAAAUUCCCUGGCUUUCACUUCUUCAAUCAGUGAUGGCACAUCUUCUGUUUCAGGUGAAUUGCAGAUAGCUAUUGAGUAG